AUGAAUUAACUUCUAUUUUCCUUAUUGAUUGUCAUAACUCUCUGUGGCUAAUAGUAAGGUAGUUUUCUAUAAGAGAAACAAAAUAAUAAGAUAUUUACGAUUAAACUAAGAGAGACUCAAAAGAUUGUAUUAUAUGCAAUAAAAUCAUAGGUGACAGCGAAAGAAAUGUAUGAUUUUCUAUCAACUAAACAAACUUAUUUUCGAUAACAAAUUCCAAUAGACAUAUCGGAAAUAGAAUUUGGUGGAUAUGUACCUAAGCUAUAAUAAAAUGAGUAAAAAAAAGGAACAUCUUUAAAAUUACACAAUUUUAAGAAUACCUAAUUUACUGGACCUAUAACAGUUGGUGAUUAGGAAUUCUAAGUGAUUUUUGACACUGGUUCUGCAAACUUUUGGAUAGAUUCUGUUAAAUGUAAGAAUGAAGGAUGUUAACAACAUAUUCAAUACAAACCAAGUUUAAGAGCAAAACAUUUAGGAUAUGCUUUAAAUGUUCAAUUUGGAACAGGCGAUUUAAAUGGAGAAGUUAAUUCAGAUGUAGUAAAAUUAGGAGAAAUUGAGAUUGAAGAUCAAAAUAUAGCUGAAAUAAUAGAAGAAAAUGGAUCUGUUUUUUAAAAUGUAUGAAAAUUAAGUAAUUUAAAAGACAGGAUUUGAUGGUAUCGUAGGAUUGGCUUAUCCAAGCAUGGCAGCCUAUAAUUUUAGUCCAUUAUUUGAUAAUAUGAUUAAUGAGAAGAAAUUGAAAUCAAACUAAUUUUCAUUUUAUAUGAGUAACUAAGUCAAUAGCUAUGAAUCGUAAAUAACAUUUGGUGGUUAUGAUGUCACCAAACUUGAUGGUCCAAUUAAUUAUCAUCCAGUUAUUGAUUAAUAUUAUUGGAUGAUAAAAGCAGAUAAUAUAUUAGUCAACGGUAAAGAUGAAGGAUUCUGUCCUAAAGGUUGUAAAAUAGUGGCAGAUACAGGUACUUCACUAAUCACAGGUCCUUUUGAAGAUUUAAUGAAAUUAUUAGGUAUCUCUAUUAAUACAUAUUAGAUUUAACUAAUAUAAACGAUGAUUGUUCAAAUUUAAAUCAAUUACCAAAAUUAACAUUUAGAAUUGAUGGAGUUGAUUAUGAUUUAGAUUCCAAAGAUUAUAUAAUGGAAAUGAGAGAUGAUGGCACAGAGAUUCCAUUAAACAAUGAUGUUUCAGCUUCAGCAUUUAUUUAAGGAACUUCAAGUUAAUGUAUAGGGGCAUUCAUGCCUUUGGAUAUUCCAGAACCUUAAGGACCUGCUUGGAUUUUGGGAGAUAUAUUCUUAACUAAAUAUUUAAGUGUUUAUGAUAGGGACACAAAUAUGGUUGGAUUUGGAAAGGCUAAACAUUGA